AUGGCCAUUAUAUUGAGUACGGGGAGUUAUUGUCCAGUUCAUAGGAUGCACAUUGAGACAUUCUACUUGUGUAAAAAGGCUCUCGAGGAACAAUAUGGAAUUCAUGUUGUAGGAGCGUUUAUAUCACCUUCACAUAAGAGUUAUGUUGCCAGUAAAUUACAAGAGGAUUUUAUAGAGACAGAAACUCGAUUGAAAUUAUGUGAGAUUUCUAUUGAACAAGCUGAGAAGGAACAUUUGGAUGUGAGUCCUUUUUUGAGUGUUGAUGCAUGGGAAUCAGUUGAGUGUGAUGGAUUUGUUGAUUUCCCAGAAGUCUCUAUAUCUUUGAAUGAGUUUAUCAAGCAGGAAUUUCCUCAAACCCCAAUCAAGUUGAUUUACUUGUGUGGUUCUGAUCAUAUUAACAAGUGUAGAUAUGUAUUGUCAUUCCCUAAAAAAUUGCAAAUUGGAGUUGGAAUUUUACAGAGACCAUCACAUUCUCAAUUGAGUAAUAUAGGAAAAGGGGAGAAGGAUAUUUAUCAUAUUGAAACAACUAUGCAGGAGGAAUGUAGUUCAACACUCGUUCGAAAGAGAGCUAAACAAGGAGAAUCCAUUCAAGAUCUUGUUUGUUCAGAUGUGGAAAAUUUUAUGAGGAACCAUCACAUUUACUAUCAAUAA